AUGGCUUGUCUCGUUAUUAGCAGCGCAAGUCAUCCACAGUAUAGUCUUGUCGAUGAACGAAAAAUACAAGCAUGGCCAACACAAAUUUCCCAGGAAGAACUUAUUUUCAAUUCUUCAAUUAGUGAAAAUGAUUCAGCAUCAUGUAAAAAAUAUCUGACAACACAAUGUAUUAUAUCAUUUCUUAUUGGUUUCAUCAUAUGUGGUAUCCCAUUAGCUGUUAUGUCCGCUUCAUAUGCACAAAAAACAGCAUUACCGAAUAGUAGUUCUUCAAGCAAUUCUGUUAAUCUUCCAUCACAAUGCACGUCAUAUAUUACUAAUUUGGAUUCAAUACGUCUUACAACAUUCACAAGUUGUACUGGUUGUAUGUUGGAUACUAGUCCAUCAUUUACAACAGGUUGGUAUCGAUUUAUAGAUCCAGCUAGUACUCGAUUAGCCACAAUGUCUGCUAGUUCUGGAUCUUGUGGUGCUUCAUAUCCAGCAUGGUAA